UACAUAUUUUUGGGGAAAGGAUCGUCGAAAUACAGCAAAAACACUUUUAUUCCGUCCAUUUCACAGUGAGUGUAGGCCAUGGAGCCUAUGGAACAGGAGGAGCCUCUCCAGCAGGCCACAGUGUACCAGAGAGACAGUGUAUAUGGCAGACUUGAAAACUUUGAGAUUGACAAAAAAAUUGGCAAAGGUCAAUUUUCUGAGGUUUAUCGAGCACGCUGUAAGGUUGAUGGAAGCGUUGUAGCUUUGAAAAAAGUGCAGAUAUUUGAAAUGAUGGAUGCAAAAGCAAGACAAGAUUGUAUCAAGGAGAUUGAUUUGUUGAAACAACUGAACCAUCCAAAUGUGAUAAAAUACCUGUCGUCUUUCAUAGAAAAUAAUGAGCUUAAUAUUGUACUGGAAUUGGCAGAUGCAGGAGAUCUGUCUCGUAUGAUCAAGCAUUUUAAAAAACAGAACAGACUGAUACCAGAGAAGACAAUAUGGAAGUACUUUAUACAGAUAUGUGGAGCUCUGGAACACAUGCACUCCAGAAGAAUCAUGCACAGAGACAUAAAACCAGCCAAUGUAUUUAUUACGGCACAAGGCAGAGUGAAACUUGGAGACCUUGGAUUAGGUCGUUUCUUCAGCUCAAAAACCACAGCUGCUCAUUCCUUAGUUGGAACCCCAUACUACAUGUCUCCAGAAAGAAUCCAUGAAACAGGAUACAACUUUAAAUCAGACAUGUGGUCCUUGGGUUGUCUACUGUAUGAGAUGGCAGCUUUACAGUCCCCAUUUUAUGGAGACAAGAUGAACCUGUACUCACUUUGUAAAAAGAUUGACCAGUGUGAUUACCCACCUUUGCCAGCCGAUUGGUACUCCGAGGAUUUAAGGAACCUGAUUGCCAUUUGUAUUAACCCUAAGCCAGAGCAGCGACCUGACAUCACCUAUGUAAAUGAGGUGGCCCAAAUGAUGCACCAACGUCACAGUCAAGCCACACCUGCCACCCCACAUGUCCAGCAUCCACAUCAUCCCCACCUUCAGCAGCCCCCACAACAAACACAGUUCCCACAGCAGCCAGCAAUGGUUGCCCAGCAACAACAGUUACCACAGCAACAGAUUCCCCAGCAACCACCACAGCAACCACAACAGGAACAAGUUGUGUAAAACUGAAAACCAGAAAGAAUAUGUCUCAUAAUCAACACCUUUUUAAAUUCAAAGGAGCAGUAUUACCAUUUUAUCAAUUAAGGCUCAUUUGAAAUUGUUGUAUUUAUUACUUAAAUCAUUUGUUAAAUUAUCAUGUUUCAGACUGCGUAGUUGCUAAUUUCAGUGAUGGAUUUCUAGGUCACCUGAGACCUCUUGUUCGUAAACCAUUUGCGAAAUCAUGUGUCUUGCCAUUGUUUUGCUUUUAUUGAAAAAUGCUUAAAAAAAUAUCAGUAUAUAGGAAGACCUAUAGCUUAACACAUUGAGAAU